AAAGCCAAAUUCAAUUCAAUUAAUUUCUCUUGAUACAUCCGCACAGUAUGGGCUAGAGAGAGAGAAUUCAUUUCAUUUGCCCUUGCACAAACAAGAGAGAGAAAGAUGCAUCUAUGGCCAUCGAUGAGGAUCAGGAACUCAUUCAAGCUCGAUUACCUGAAGAAAUUGGAAUGGAACCUCCAUAGAAUGAAGACGGAGAAGCACCAAUCUCCCAACAGUAUCAAUCAAGAGAAACUCUUGGAUAACGAUCAAGAACAAGAUGUUUCUGUCGACCCAAAAACCGAUUCACACAGUGUUUUUACUGGGCCCGUUUUAUUCUGCCGAGAGCUACUCAUGAUCCUCUCUUGCUGCUAUUGUUGUUUCUGCUGUGGAGUUUUUGAUGAGGAAGAAAACUGACAAUACCUCAUUUGGGAGCAUUUCUGGUCAUUGAAUCCCCCUUGGUACAAGUGAGAUUGUGAAAAUAAAUUGAUAGGAAACGAUAUUUUACAAAGCUUUUUAACUGCCUUAUUAGUUGUCUCUUAUCGUGUAAGUUAGUAGUUUAGUUUGAAUUUUACAGGAAACUAUGCUGAUUUUUCACUUUGGUAUCAAAUUUGGGUGAUCUGAUUUACUUA